GAGUGUCGUCUGGGGAAUUCACUAUUCAGAUAAGGCAAUCAAAACAUCCAUGGCUGCCAGUCUCUCCACUGCUCUCGAUGUUCAUUUCGCCGUCCCUCAAUCCGAUUCAAGAAGGCCCAUUUUCUUCACCAAAAGAGUGAAUCAUCAAAACCCUAGAGAAAGAUUCCUCGUUUCUUGUAAAUCUUCUUCAAAACCACCCAAACCACCGCAAUCGCCGCCCAGAAAAAACCAAUCUUUAUCCGAGCAGCUCCACCCUCUCUCCACAACAACACUUCCCAAAAAAGACCAUAAUUUUCCCUCCUCAAACCCGAAGUCCACAUGGGUCAAUCCCUCCAAGCCGAAGAGAUCCGUGCUUUCACCACAAAGGCAAAAGCGUUCUCCUCAUGCAUCCAAUCCCCAGCUCAGAGAGCUAAAGCUCCUCGCAAAGAAGCUAAACGAGUGCGAAAACAGUGAAGAAGCUUUCCUAAGUGUUCUCGAGGAAAUCCCACAUCGACCCACCAGAGAAAAUUCACUUUUGAUACUCAACAGCUUGAAGCCAUGGCAGAAGGCUCACCUUUUCUUCAAUUGGAUAAAGACCAAGAAUUUGUUUCCCAUGGAAACUAUAUUCUACAAUGUCGUAAUGAAGUCUUUGAGGCUCGGGGGACAGAUUGAGCUCAUAGAGGAACUCGCUAAUGAAAUGGUAAGCAAUGAGAUCCCACUCGACAACAUUACUUAUUCGACUAUUAUUAGCUCUGCAAGACGAUGUUAUCGGUUCGAUAAGGCUGUAGAUUGGUUCGAGAGAAUGUAUAGAACUGGUUUGAUGCCUGAUGAAGUCACUUACUCUGCGAUUUUAGAUGUUUAUGCCAAAUUGGGUAAGGCUGAAGAAGUGGUUAGCUUGUACGAGAGAGGUGUGGCUAGUGGUUGGAAACCGGACAUGGUUACAUUCUCUGUGUUGGCAAAGAUGUUUGGUGCUGCUGGUGACUAUGAAGGGAUUAAGUAUGUCUUGCAAGAAAUGAAGUCGGUUGGGGUUCGGCCGAAUUUGGUUGUUUACAAUACUUUGAUAGAGGCAAUGGGGAGGGUAGGGAAACCCGCGUUUGCGAGAAGCAUUUUCGAGGAUCUCGUCGCAUCCGGUUUGACUCCAAACGAGAAGACUUUAACUGCACUUGCCAAGAUAUAUGGCAAGGCAAGGUGGGAAAUAGAUGCAUUGAAAUUGUGGGAAGAAAUGAAGUGGAAAAACUGGCCUGUGGAUUUUAUUUUGUAUAAUACUUUGUUAACUAUGUUUGCAGACAUUGGUUUAGUCGAGGAAGCGGAGCAGCUUUUCGAGGAUAUGAAGCGAUCAGAGGAGUUUAGACCAGAUAGUUGGAGCUACACUGCAAUGCUAAAUAUAUACGGAAGUGGAGGAAAUGUUGAUAAGGCAAUGGAGUUGUUCGAAGAGAUGUCGUCGGAGGUGGAUGUGGAGCUUAAUGUAAUGGGAUGCACUUGUUUGAUUCAAUGCUUGGGGAAGGCUGGAAGAAUAGAUGAGUUGGUGAGGGUAUUUACCGUGUCUAUUGAACAAGGAAUUAAACCGGAUGACAGACUCUGUGGUUGCCUGUUAUCCGUCGUGUCACUUUGCAAUAACAGGGAGGAUAUGGGGAGGGUUCUCACAUGCUUGCAGCGAGCCAAUCCUCGGUUAGUCACAUUUGUGAACUUGAUCGAAGAUGAGAGAAGCACUCUCGACACUGUCAAAGAAGAGUUCAAGUCUAUCCUCAGUGACACCAAAGACGAUGCAAGAAGACCGAUAUGUAAUUGCUUGAUCGAUAUAUGUCGAAGUAAGAAUCUCCAUGAGAGAGCACACGAUCUGCUUUAUCUAGGAACUCUAUAUGGGCUGUACCCCCGCUUACAUAAUAAAACUGCGUAUGAGUGGAGUCUGAAUGUCCGAACGCUGUCUGUUGGAGCAGCGUUGACUGCACUGGAAGAGUGGAUGGGGACUUUAGCCAAAAUCAUUAAGCGUGGAGAAGCAUUGCCGGAGCUGUUCUCGGCUCAAACCGGUACCGGAACUCAUAAAUUCGCCCAAGGACUGUCCAAUUCCUUUGCUUCUCAUUUGAAGCAACUCGGAGCACCAUUCAAGCAAAGUGAAGACAGAGCUGGUUGCUUUGUGGCAAAGAGGGAGGAUUUAGUGUUGUGGUUGCAAUCAAAGAUUCCAUCAUCAGCUGUUACAACUUAGAUGGUUUAUCCAGCUAUGAUUGUGUUAUGGAACUGAGAUGAAACUAUAAAAUUUUGUGUAAGAAACAAGAUUAAAUUUUUAUUUU